AUGUCGGAAAGAAAGAAGUUCAGCUCAAGAAUUUCGUCGAUAUUUAACUACAAUCUGUCAAAUUCUAUACCUACUCAGUCGUCAAUUCAAAAGCUGGGUUCACAUUCUAGAUCAACCGGCACUCCAAAAUCGGCCCCAUCAAGUUCCAAAACUCUUGGUUCAUUGUCGCCGUCACCUAGACCAUUGAGCAAACCUUUGUUAAACACUAACAAUUUAAGGAGCAAUUCGUCAUUAGUUACUUCAACCCUGCAUAACAACAAUAACAGCAUACUGGUGUCAUCAAGAACUGACACAAACAGAAAAAAAGUAUCGUCAAAACCGUCAAUAAGUACAUUGGAAUCAUACCCUCAUAGCAAUAGCAAUAACAAUAACAAUAACAGUAAUUAUGAUAAUAGCAUCAAUAAAAAUCCUCAUUUAAAUGACAACAUAAUCCUGCCCUUACAACAUCAUAACGAGGGAUCACUAAAUCCAAACCAAUACUACCAGCAAUCCCCUCAAUAUUUGAAUCCCCUUCUAAAAUCUCCUGACUCUUUAGAAAGUGGCCCCUCGAAACCCACCAGUCCCAACCCUUCCAUUAACAAUAGAUUGCGUCGGAAACCUCCAAGUGAUUUGGACUCUUUUGACUUUGGAAUGUAUGGUGAGAAUAAUGAUGGAAGUGAUAAUGAAACCAAGGGAGGCACGUUUGAUUCACCAAAAUCAGGAACAGGUAUAACUAAUGAUAUUAUUGCCGAUUUGGAAAGUGAUAUUGAUAAUUUCUUGAAAGCAAGUAGUGAGAGUGGGAAAGAAAUAUCAAUGGUGACCAGAACAAAUUCAAGUAAACAUUCUUCGCCAUUUCCAAGCAGUUCGAGUGACGUUGCCGACAACAGCUAUAUAAAUGAUUUAAGUAUAAGCAGAUCGAAACCUGUUAUGGGAUUAGCUGAUAUUGUCAAUGAAGACAAUCAACAUAAUAAUAAGGAUUUUGCUGAACCGUCAUUAUCGGCUCCUUAUCCUUUAGAUUCCCCAUUGAUUACUCCGGUGAUUUCACCAGUGGAAUCACCACAAAUUAUCCAAAAUGAAUUUAUGCCAAUCACCAGUAAUGAUAAUGAUAGUCCCAAUUUGAAAUCUGAAUUCUCAUCUAUGGGACAAACUAGUCUUGCAAAUCCAUUUUCUUCACCAGUUGCUUCUGGGACACCUUCUAUUGUAUCACCUAGGAGAUUACGAAAUUUUGAUUCAUCAACACCAGUAAGUCCCGUUGCUAGUUUAAUAUCAUCUACUGAGAGAAAUGGUGGAGAGAUUUCCCAAUACCCAGUGUCCUCAAUUUCAAGAAAUGCUUCACAAAACUACACAUCCUCAAGGACUCCAUCAGCUGUGUCUCGAAUGCAUCUGGCAAGACUGCCAGGGUACCCACAAUCACAACCACUGGCCCAGACCCAGACACCACUAUCACGCACAUUAACUGAAAACUCAACCGCAGCACCAAUUGCACUUUCCAAAUCUUAUACACAAAAGACAUAUACCAGCAAUAGAUCCAACCCAAGUCAACAUCGUAUGUCAAGCUCGGUUGGAUCUAUAUACAGUUCAAAUUCAUAUAGAAAUGUGAAUUUAGCUGCGUUGAAAAAAACAUUAAAGUUGAAGCCUGGUGAAGGAGAAAGAUCCAAUUACGUUUUGGCUAUCAGAAGAGCCGCCGGUACUUCUUAUAAUGAACUGACUCGAAUGAAGUGGAAGUUGCCUGUCGGUAUAUUACCAGUUGACAAAUCAGCAACCAAGGAGAACUCUAAUGGUAAAUACAUGAGAUUGGCAGGUAAUCUGUUAGCUUCUUCAAGGAAGAAAACAAGCGGUGUCGAAUUAAAGCAUGGUCAUUUGAAACCAAGAUUAUUGGCUGCUGAAAUUGAUGAAGGUGAUGAUUCCACCGCAAUAAGUUUAGCCAAGACACCUUUGACCCAAUCGUCGGUGAAUUUGAAAGCCACAGAAACUAACACAAACAAAACUGUUUCCAAUGAGAACUCAUUAAUAAGAACAACAACUGAUGUUUCAAUAGUAACAGGUGAUACUAAUAGUAUAGUUACGACAACCACUGAUACAAAUACAAGUGGGAGAGGAGAAGGUAAUGGAAUUAAAAGAAAUGAAUCUAUCGUGUCAAGCAAUUCAUCUGGCAGUUUAUCUGAUAAAAAUUUUACUAAUUUCGGGUAUUAUCAACAUAGAAGUUAUAAAGAUGAUGACGAAGAUAUCUUUGCUGAUGGUGUCAACCGACAAGCAACUAAUGAAGAUGGUAAUGAGACAGAUGACGAAAACAAUCAUAUUAACGGUUACCCUAAGAAUUCCUAUAUGGACAUUAACAGCAUUGACCACCCAGAAGAAGAAGAAGAAGAAGACAAUGAAAGGCCAAGGUUGGUAUUGGCCAAUCCUGAUUAUGAUAGUGAUGACAGUUCAUAG